UGGUGGUGGUGGUGGUGGUGGUGGUGGACAUAAUUAUUAGUAAGAGUGAGCAGGUGUAAGAAUUGAAUUACUAUGACUUAACAGUGACUGUUGAUGCCAUUCCUAGGCGGCGUUCUCUAAAAUAUUAUGACAAGUUUUCUUGAAAUAUUGACCUGUUCACAGCGCUAAUCUCAUACGAUUCCGAAGAUAUCGCGCUGUAUGUGGCACCUACAAGAAAAAAGUAACCCGCAUACAGAUAAUGUAAAGAAUCACGCACUGUUGGUCCCUUGUGACGAGACUUGAAUUCUGGUUGCUAUGGUCUUAUGCUGAUGUUCGCACACUUUAACCGCGUUUUGAAGUUUUUAAUGAUCCCUCUGUGUAAUGCAGAGUGAGUAGCUGCUGACACGGCUCUGUGCUUACUAAUUAAACAUGAUUAAGUGGAGGAUAUAAUUCAGCCCGCUCUUAAACAAAUCUACAAUGCUGCAAUAGCUAUUGGUGCGGUAGAAUGGAGUCCUGGCACGUGUUGCGUGAGCGACAGAAUGGUUGCUUGCAGAGUCCGAGCUAAUGUCAGUACUCCCUAUGAAGGUUCUAUCACUUAGUGGCUUUGCAUGAGCAUGUAUAACUUAUAACUGAUAACCGAUGACCUCUUCCCAAAUAAUUUUAGCAUUAGAAAAGUAGCGUUCAAUUUCUGGUGGAUUUGCUGUGUUCUGUAGCCCGAAUUAUCAAAUAUCACUGUUUCCUGAUUUACUCUCUGGCUACAUUAAUUCUAGUGAAACUCUCUCUGGUGAAGAUGUUUUUCCCACUUUCCCUCUUUGGUGGCAGGGGUUCCUUUGGGGUAAUCGGAUCAAACUUUUCGUGGAAAUCAAGUUAACUAAGAAGCCUCGUCGCCGACGGUCCUGCCUACCAUAGUUAUGCUUUAUAAUUACUAUUUGUGAGCACUUAGUAUCUCCUAUUGUGUAAAUUAAAAAAACUUUCAGAAUGUUCAGAAGAUGAAGAUGCGAUCACUGGGACAAGAAGUUUAUUUGCCUGACGUUUCGGAUUCUUACUCGAACCCAUCAUCAGAGACAUUCGCAGAUAGAGGUGAAGGUGGCACCAGGAGUGCAUUAUUUAUAGCACGUGGCUGCCGUGGGACCGUAUGCGCACUGCAAUUAACACAAUGACCUCCCGGUGGCCUAUUCCGUAUUGCGAUUUUCCCUGGGCAGGAGAAUCAGUCACAUGGGGAGGGCGCGGGUGAGCAAUUAUCACGGUGACAGUGAGCCAGUUUGCCGAGCAAUCGUCACACCAGCAUCGAGCACGGAUGACAAAAUCGCGGCAAUUAACAACUCGGACUCGGACCGCCAAGCCACCGCCGCAUCAAUUAUGACCCCAGCGGCGAUUGUGAGAACUAUUAAUUGCAGUGCGCAUACGGUCCCACGGCAGCCACGUGCUAUAAAUACUGCACUCCUGGUGCCACCUUCACCUCUAUCUGCGAAUGUCUCUGAUGAUGGGUUCGAGUAAGAAUCCGAAACGUCAGGCAAAUAAACUUCUUGUCCCAGUGAUCGCAUCUUCAUCUUCUGAACUGCUACCUGGGACUCGCCUGUUCGCUUCUAUCAGCAAUUUCAGAAUGUUCUUUGUGCGUUAAGUGGUUCGUCCUAUAGUCAUGCAAGUAAGGCGUUUUCGAAAAAUAAAUCAGAAUUGAGACAUCAAAAGAAAGCAUAGUUUGUCGGAGUAAUGCACGAGAUCCGUCGAUUUUGUACUAUGAACCACUUAGACAUCUGAAUAAGGCAAAGGCGACAAAGCAUGCAGUAUUUACUGACGUCAUAAAUUUCGAGACCUCUCCUACUUGGGUGACUUCUCUCCCCCUCCCCCCCUCACCAUAUGCACCCAUGUUUCACGUUACCUAUCAUAUUAUAUCUCUCUAGGUCGAUCGUCAAUUGAACGGUUUGCCUUGUCAUUAUAACUAUGCAAUGACCGUACGCAGCUGAAUGAGAGGUCUCGAAAUUUAUGACAUCAGUAAAUACUGCAUGCUUUGUCGCGUUUGUCUUAUUCAAAUUUAUUCCGGGAAAACACUGCUUCAAUCCACUUAGACAUCGUUUUGGACACGCCACUCAGUGAGAUAUUGAAUAGAUUAUCUGCUUAGAAGCAGUGUAGCCCUUGAAAAAUGCAACGUGCGUAGGACCGGCAUCAGUAUGGCGCAUGCAGUUCAUCCUCCGUAGUAUUUUUAUUCCCCGUUCGUUGGGGUUGGGCCACGCGUCAUACGUGUGUUUUAAUUCCCCCAUUUUUCCCUCCACCUACGCUUCCAAUCCAGCGUUUUAUCCUGGCAGUUGGGGCUACUGCGCUCACUUUGUGUCUUAGAGUUAUGUUCAUGGGCGUUUUCCCCCUAGGUCGUAUAUCCAGACUAUCGUCCAUUCUCCAUCACGGGUGAUCGGCUGGCCUACCCCUAUCCAGAGGUCGAGGACGGACCGCAGGUGUAAGUUGCUCCCGUUCUCAUAUUUCGCUGGUAAAUUCACCGUUACUAAUUUCUCUUAAGUAGCUCUUUGUGUAUUCUCUCUUCAGAAAGCUCACGCUUCCUCCGAACCCAAUUUAUCACUACAUGUUGCGGAGGGCGUUACUAAAAGGACAUCGCGCUCCUUGUUGUUCGCUAGACUCAGGGCAACCAGACAGUCACUUCAAGUAAAUAAAUGGAUUUUUCUAAUUAUCCGUUAGAGACCCAACGACCGUGCAAUACAACGCCUACGACAACGCCCAAGGGGUCUCUCGUUCCUGUCUCCGUGGCCGAGUCCGUGUGGGUCGAGCAGCCGAGGGUGCCCGGCGCGGACUGCCGUUAAAUCCUCGGGGCAGAUCAGGACUCGCGGGAAGGGGUCUCCUGCCGCACUGGGGUCCGAAUCACGUGAUCCUUCUGGCUCUGACCCGCCACCAGGUCGAGGAACGGCAAGGAGUAGCAGGGCAGAGCCCGAGGCUGCAAGUCCUACUGCUGGAACGGAAUCAGGCGUAUUGUAUACCUUGGGUGGGUUGGGGAAAAUUGAAGGUUUUUUUAAAUAUUCUUCACAUGUAAAUUCGGGCUGUGUCAACAUUCUCUGCGGGAGGUUAGAACUUGCUGUUCUUGAAAACGAACUGGAAACUUUCUUGGAGCUUAAAUCCCUCAAAGGCUAAUAACGGUCCUCUCUAACGUGUCUUUCAUGCCCAACAAUUGCAGCCGCCUGGACUGUUGGAACAACAGGGGCACUCAAUACCAAUCAAAUGCAUCGCCCUCUUAAAGGAAUCAUGCACUUCAUAUCGUGAGCAACUCAUGAAAAAUUGUCCUUGAUCGUUAGAUAUACUUUCCAAGGGAAGAUCUUAUCUAAGUAGUUUCGGAAUUCUAGUGGAUAUGACGCAUGUUUAAAAGGGAGCCCCUGCGGCAUAGCAUUUUGAUUUUCGAAUAAUAGUCUUUUUAUUUGUCUUUCAACCCAAUCGUGACCGACAGCGUCCACCGUUUGCUCCACAGCAGGGUGAGAGCAGGGAUGGCGAAUUCAGUGUGAGUUAGUUUAGAGUGGGCGUAGACUUACGCAGCCUCUACCGCACGCUCUCCUUCCCCUCCACCUGGAUCCGGUGUCAAGACAAGUCAAUAAGACCGGAGGCAGGAGAGAGUGCAGGUUGAUGGUACAACGCAAAUCCGCACCCCUAGGCGCAUCACCACACCCCCCCCUACGUCCACAGCGUACGCUGACCAAGAUUUUACACAACAAGGGGAGAGGGAGGAUGGCUCGGAUCCCAGUUGGCGUGACGUGUGCCUGCAUCUGACCCCGCCGGCACAUUCCCAAUACUGGCAUUUAUUAUACAUGCGCAUUACCGAAAACACCUGCCGGAUCCCGAUCUAGCCCCCAGUGUUGGUGCAGCGCACCUAUCGCGUGUCUUGUUGUAAGGGCACUUUCGUGGCACAUACCCCUGACAGCUUGACCGGGAGGGACGGCCACAUGAUAUCUUACGGGAAAACCUGGCGGGGCACGUAAAUGCAGACCCUCCAUAUUAUAGGUUGUUUUGACCUAAAUUUCAGGCGGUGUUAGCAUUUUGGUUGAGGUUAGGAGGGUAAGGAUUAAGGUUAGAUUUAUGAGGGUCAGUGUUUGAAUUAGGGUUAAAGUUAGGCACGGGAAUAGGAACCCCUGGAACUCGGUGUGGCGCUGUAAGGGUAUUGUCUGUACCUUAUAGUAUACAUGAUUGGCUACUGCAUUUACUUAAGUAGGUGUUGUUAGAUUAUGUUAUCUACGUGCUCCACCGGCUUGUCCUAUCGACCUUGAAAACAAUCGCUCCAAGAAUCAGGCGCGAAGUCAUCUCUAGUACUGGUGGAGAGGGGGGUUCAUAAUCCCUUGUCCGACCCAAGGUACUACGUUCUUUUGACAUAAACUAGAACAGAUUCGAUGAAAGACUCAAAGUUUCACGUUUUGGUCUUUCGUUUGUAUCUCACCCUCGAUCUCGAGUGACUUAACAGUCAGUUGAAGGUUCCGCGUGCAAUCGUAAUAAUGGGCCACAAUUUGUCUCUGUAGCUGUAAUCCGAACAAGUCUAGCCCUAGAUGACCAAGACCUAAACACCCUAAAAGGUCAAGUCGGUAAAAAACUUCCCCAGAUGUUCAUACGACUUUCUGAUCGGAUCUUGUUUCGUAGCCGUGCCUGCAGUAGACAACACUUAGCCGUCUAUCAUACGGGACUGGUGAUAAUAUGGGGUUUACCGCUGACCCCUUACUCUAACCCCAUCCCCUAACCCUAAACCUUAACGCUUACUUCUAACCCCCAACAGGUACAGCUACGAAAUAAGGUCAUGCAGACUCUUCUUAUGUCACCUUUAAGUUCGGGUUGACUUACAUCCACACCCUACCGGUCUACAGGACUGUCAGUAGCGAUGUUGCUUGCACAUCGCAUGUCGUCUAGCGCACACGAACUGAUACCAGUGUCCCCAGCAUGUUGGUUUAAGGUAUACCUUUAUGUCGUCACUAAAUGACAGUGAUUGCUGCAUGUUCCAAAGUGGUAGCAACUAGUCCAGUAUCCUCAUUGUUUCGUGACCAUGAUAAUACUAACAGAGCUCGUAGCCAUCUCCAGACACUGCCGUCUCGCCCAUGGUGAUUUUGUCCUACGAUUUGGAAUCGACAAGUGCUCGCGGAGUCCCCCAUGUCACACGAAACCGGUUUUUGAUACAGAGUUUGGACGAAACCAGUCUUUUUCCAACCCUAGUGGUCAUAAACAACUGAUAAGUGGAUUUCUGCGUCUUCAGUGCUUCUAGCACGGAAUUGCCAACCUUUGCAAGCAGGCUAGGUGUUCAAAGAUACUAGGAAGGAUAAAGAAGUAGCGUCGUUCGCGUCUCAGGAAUUGCUAGACAUAUUUAGCUUAGCCUAUUGCUCUUUUCAGCGUGUUGAAACUGUAAGCUACGAAUUCUGCCGAUUUACUUUCUUUUUUAGUUUCUGGUGGAUCACAGGGAAAACUGCGAUCUGCGAGGGUGCAGUGCCAAAAUUAUGCGGGAUUUUCUUCUGCGGAGGGUAAACCACGUGUAUCCUGAUGAAGAAGAAGAAGAAGAGGAGGAACAGGAGGGGCGACAAUCCGUCCGUCAGCAGCUGAUCAGGUCCAUCACGGGGAUGCACUUCGCUUUGGUAGGCUGCCGGCCGAAUCCUGCUUAAAUAAACUUUUUACUUAUAAAAUUAAGUAAUAAGAGUUUUGUGUCGCGCUUCUGCUAAGCGAGUUUUUCUGGUUUGCAGCUCAAAGAUGAUUUCUUGAAUGACCAGCUCAAUGCCGACCAUGCUUGGAUGGAGGCUGUGUUGUUUAACUGUCACUGCAGUGAUGAUGUGCCCUUUCCAUCGGAACUUGCAAAGGUUUGUGAACUUUCUGCAUGUUGAUACUCUGAUUUUGAAAAAGCCUCCAUGUGCUUACAGUCUUCCAGUAUAUCCGCCCCAAAAUCAUACUCAACUCGACGAGCUAGCCUUGAAAUUCAUCAAUUGGAGCUGUCAUAUCCCGCUUAGAUUGAAAACUGAUUGGGGCCGCCUGACAAAGACAGUUAUGCAGCAGGGAGUGCCCAUAAUGACAAGGGAGACUGAAAUGACUUUUUCUAUCGUAUGUUAUUACCGACAAAGAUAAGGAAGACUGGAAUAGCCAUUUCUGGUUUAUUAGCCGUCGUCAGCCAGUCAUACCCAUUCUGCAUAUAUCACGCACCGCUGUGCAGCUGCUGGUUGGGCUCGAGGGAGAGCCCGUAAGGUACAAUGGGUCAAGUUAAUUCCGUAACACGAUCUGUGAGCGCCCCUCUACCAUUUUACACUCCAGACCGCAACCGAGAGGACAACGAGUCCGUGGCUAGGGGCGCUGGACUUCUAACUAACCGGCCGCAGGAUCAAGACCCAGGGGUUCCACACUUCGCGGUUGGGCAUGACCGGCUGACGACGCUAAUAAGCCAGAAAUGGCCAUUCCAGUCUCCCUUGUCUUUUUCGGUAAUGCCAUUCUGCCCAUAUCAUGCGCCGCUGUGCAGCUGCUGAUUGGACUCUAGAAAGGGUCCGUAAGGCACAAUGGGACGAGUGAGUUCCAAAAAAACGAUCUGUGAGCGUCCUCCUACCAUUUUUCUGGUGCAUUGGCCGUCGUCAGUCGGCCAUGCCCGACCCCAGGUCCGGAUAGCCUGGGCUUCGAAUCCCGAUUCUUUGGUCGGUGAGCGUCAAGAUCUUUAUUGUUGUAUCCUUGUGCAGAAAAGUGCACACCGAAAUUCCUUUCUCUCAGUCUAUUGAGGCCACCCUAACUGGGAUGACAGUGGUAUUGUUUCCCACAGCCACUGACUUCAUUGAUGAAAAAGUCAGGAUUACGGAAAAUGAGAUCAGGAAGAAUUGUUGGCCGGAUAUCUAAUCCAAGUUUCAAAUGCGUCACGCCGAUGUUGGUCUCCGAACCGAAAUAGGCAUAUCAUGGGAGCAACCUUAAAUGGGAGCUACUUUAAAAUACAGCGACAAUAUCCUGGCUGUCGAUUUUACGGACUAGGUUAUUACCCUACUCAACAAUCUCUAAAAUCGUGACCUUUAAAGAGGCGUGGUAGUUUAAAUGAGAACCAGGUAAGUUAUAUGUUAACAAGGUAUCGCACAGUGACCUACGAUCUCGUUCCCAACUUGCGUAAUUUUCCAGAAUUCAGUCGACUAGAAAUGAGAUCGCGCAUGGGAGUGAGAUUCGUCAUGGCUGCCUGUGACGAUCUCACUCGCACGUAUAACUCUACUUAAGUUGUAUGCAUUUUCCGUCUGUUUUCCUAGAUGCUUCGAUUUUUUUCCAGAAGAUAGUGCAAAAUGUUUGUUCGCUAUAAAUCAGCGUAUUUGGGCUGGUAGACCAUCACCCAUGGAAAACCACUCAAAAGUCUGCAAGAACUCUCUAGAUAAAUAAAAUUCUAAAUUAAGAGGCACACACCGGUCGAAAUAAUGGACGAUACUAGCGUAAAACCAGUGGAGUGCUGAUAUGCCACAUCGGAAACACAUUAUUUAGCGACUGCUUGCAGGCAAUUGCAUGUCUCCAUUUCAGGCAAAAUCCUACGUUUCCUUGGCAGAUAUGCGCCUGAUAUUGCGUUGUUCUAAAAAAAUCGGCAUUUCUAAACAACGCAAAACUGCCUUUAAUAUAUCUUUUAUGUUUUUAAUUCUUUCAAACUGGUUGUUAAUUAAUUGGCAAUUAUUCGUAAAGUUCACCACAUUGCAUGAGUUAAGUAACGCACUGUAAAUGUGAUUGUUGGAAUAUCCAUGCACAAACUUAUUUUCUCGUAUACAGAAACACCCCACUUCCUCUGGAUAUGCUCCAGUGGUGUAUGGGUGUAUAAUAGUGAUAGAAAACUGUCCUCCAUUAACGUGAACGUAAGAGAAAGCUUUCCGAACCCUUACAAACAUUCAAAAACCAAGGCAUUGUUUCAGAAAAUUAGGGCGAACUGCCUUUUGGUAUUUCUUUUAUGUUUUAAUUCUUUUAAACGUGUAUUUAAUUAACAUAGACACUGGACUCAUGAAAUGGUGUCGGUUUGCGAGUGAUUGGCAAUCAUUCGUAAAUUUCGACACGUUUCAUGAGUUAGGUCACUAACUGUAUGUAUGAGUAAGGAGUUCUUAUAUGGCCCCCAAGACAGGACAUGGGAAUAGGAACGUACUGCGCUUAAUUCCAGGAAGGUUAGCUAUUCCUAAGUCCCAACCCCACCACUCUCCUUACCAUAUGCCUAAACCGUAGCCCUAAUAUCGAUCUUAACACUACCUGAAAGCCCAAACUCAGCAGUUAUCACUGACUCUUGCCUUGACUCUAACUCAUCUUAAGCUAACCUUGAACCUAACCCUAAUUUCCGUAGAUUUUAGCUCAGGAUCACCUACAUUGCAGGCGCUUCCUAUUCACAUGUCCUGCUUAAAGGGCCAUAUACAGUGAGUGACCGAUCUCGUUAAAUGUUGGCUGGAAAUCUGAAGUACGUUUUUGAUUAGAAAGGAUUACUUGGGCGUGGUUGUAAAAGUGAUUAUCUUGCGGCAUAAGCCCAUAAUAUUUCGGACUCAGCAGGAGAUCAGCUUUCGAAUUCACUCCUUUCAAUCUCCUGUAGAAACCGCACCCGGUAAAAAUGACUACUUAAGUAGCAUGCAUUUUCCCACUGAUUUUUGAUGGUCUUGCAAAUUCAAAUAUAUUUUUAAAAAACCACGAACAGAAAUAUGCCUUCUUUCAGUCAUUUGAUAGAGAAUCACGUCAUCUUUACAUCUUAUACGCAAAGAAGGAGUGCAAUUGGGUUUUAAAAAAGUUUUCUGAUUGCCGAAUAAUUUGGGGCAUGAUCUGCUGCUGCAUUAACGCUUAGUGAUCUCAGUCUACAUGUUGCAUGCGUUCCGCGUAAAGAAAAUCACAUAUUCUUCUAUGCCUUUAAAAAGAUAUCAUACCACAGUCCAUAAAAUUGUGCAAUGAAUGCGGAAUAUAUUGUACAUUUCAUGCGGAGCAGUGGUAAACGGAGAGGUGCGAUGCCAUGUGAAUGGACGUUGCGCGGUCUUCAAAAAUUUCGUCAUUAGAGAUUUUUAAAAACCUAAUUAUACUCCUUCUCGGGGCGAAAAAUUGCAAAAAGACGUGAUUCUCUUUCAAGCGACUGAAAGAAAGCAUAUUUUUGCUCGUGCUUUCUCUAAAAUAUAUCUGAACUUGCAAGAUCCUCAAAAAUCAAAGGGAAAAUUGCAUGCUACUUAAGUAGUAAUUUUUACCGACUGCGGCCUCUACAGGAGAUUAAAAGCAAUAUAUCCAAAAGCUGAUAUCCCACCGAGUCUGAAAUAUCGUAGGAUUAUGUCUUAAGAUAAGCAGUAUUAUCACCGCGCCCAAGUUAUCCUUCCUAAUCGAAAACGCAUUUCAGAAUUUCAGCCAACAUUUGUAGGGCAUUCCAAUUGCUUUAAGUAUAGUCAGUGACCGAUCUCGUGAAAGGUUGGUAGAAAUGUUUAAAUACAUAUUUGAUUAGGACGAUCCACUUAAGUGGGCCUGUAACCUUGAUUAUCUCAUGUAAUACCGUAUUAUUUCAGACACAUCAGGGUGUUGGCUUUUAAAUACACUUCAUUUAGGUCGUCUUCAGAGGCUGCACGGGGUAAAAAUGAAUACUUAGACAGCGAACAUUUUUCUAUUGAUUUUCGAAGUCCGUAUAAAUUCGAAUACAUUUUUAAAAUGCAUGCAUAGAAAAAUCUUCCUUGUGAUAAUUUCGUAGAAAAUCACACCUCCUUCAAAUUGUGCCCUCGAAGGAGGGGCAUAUUUCAGUUUUAAAAAUGUUUCUAAUUAUGGAAUUUUUUAAGACUGCAAUGUCUAAUCAAAUAAUAGUGCACCUUUCUGUUUAAUACUGUACGAUAACGAUCGGGAGAUGGCACCCAACUAUCCGCUUCCUAGAAAUAAUAUCUACUAUAUUUAUUUAAGCAGGUUUUAUCCUUACAUAUUCGUUGUUUCAUCUGAUCUCAGUUUCAUCUGUAACUCAUAAAGUAUGCAACGUGGUCCCCAUACGUCGCAAAAUCGUGUGAAUUCCAUAUGUUUUCUGCUUAAUGGCAUAGUGGAAUGGAGGGUUUUCUUGCAUAGGAAGUAUGCGUCUAAUAUACUGAAAACCCAAAAAACAUGAAUUCAGUGGCGGGUCAAGUGUAGAAUCAUUCUGAUAUCGAAGGACGUUUCUUAAACCAAAAGAUACACUUUCUUCAGGAUAAAAUUUGAAAAGUACGUAAUUUGCUGCUAAAUGAGUGCAAUAAAGGAUAUUUCUAUGCGGUUUUCCUAUAUAAUAUAUUUGAAUUUACGAGGGCAAUGAAAAUCAAUAAAAAAAUCCACUAUUUAAGUAUUCCUUUUUUAACGAGUACAGUAGUGCAGGCGGCCGAAGAGGGGUGCGUUUAAAAGCCAACAUCCUGACGCGUCUAGAAUACUACGGCAUUAUGCCGCAAGGUAAUCGAUCUAACAAUCCCACUUAGGUAAUCCUUCCUAAUCGAAUGCGCAUCUCGCAAUAUCGGUCAGCAUUUAAUUAAAUCGGUCGACCACUCCGCAGAUAUGUAUAUAUAAUGAAAACCGAAUUCUACCCUUUCUUCAAGUAUAAAAUUGGAAGAAGAUGUAAUUUUCUACCGAAUGAGCAAAAAGGACUAUUCUUCUGCAUGCUUUGCAUGAAAUAUAAUUGUAUGUUUAAGGACAUCGAAAAUCAAUGCGAAAAAUGCAUGCUAUUUGGGUAGUCCUUUUUACGGAGCAUGGUUUUUCCAUGCAGCCGGAAAGAACUUCACUCGAAAGCCGGCAUCCUGAGGUAACUGAAUUACUAUAGAAUUAUGCUGCUCGAUGACUAGUUUUUCAACGCUAUUUGAUUAUUCUUUUCGAAGAGAAAACGAAUUUCGGAAUUUCGGCUAACAUUGCAUGAGUUAGCCCAUCUACUGUAUGUAUAUGCAUGUCAAGUAGGCGUGUGACCCUCACUGUUGUGGUUAGGAUCUCACUUGAUCCCAUUCUGUCCGCCCGCCAGCUUGCUACUGGCGACAAUGAACACUGUGUCAUAGGACACAUACCACAUAUAAUACAUAGGCAGCUCGCUAAGUGUGCAACAGGCCAGACGCAGACAGCUGUUUCACGGUCAUUACCGACUGCUGGGUGUGACCACCAAAGUUGCUCGACCGUUACAAACCGACAGAGCAGGCAUAGCCCAUCGACCCCAGGCAACAAUUCUUCGCCGUUUGAUGCAACUUAAGGUCACACUGUCACCCAUCGACACCUUGAUAGUUGUCCACCAAUUGCGUUGCAAUAAUGGGAACUGCAACUACGCCUGAGAAACCGGACGAAAACCGAAGACCUGCCUAUAUGAGCACAGGCUGGCAACCUGGAGGCUAAGUCCAAACUCUCAGCUUGCAACUCACAUCGUAGAAACUGGCUAUGCUUUUAGUCUACUAGGAGCGAACACCUGCGGUCGGGGCACCUCAAAGACAGAAGGACUUACAUUUGAGGUUUGGUAUUCAGAAGCCAACUUCAUUAACAGGCAUCCAAAUCUGCCUGGUGCCUAUAACGUCCUGCGUAAUUACAUACACAAGGACCACAACAAGACGGUCACACCGAACUUAGGAAAACAAAUCAAACACGGCUGGGCGACGAACCAACCCGACGGGGAAGGUGAGGCUCAACCAUCCUCCAUCGAGAUGACGACUCAUUAAGCAGGUGGUCUUCAGGUCUACCAAACAUCUGCCAAGAGGUCGAGUCAGCGAAAAUAUAAAAAAUCGAUCAGUCCAGGGCCGACUAUCUCGACCAGUCAUUUAAAAAUUCUGACCGAUAUUAUGCAUUAAACGCUUUGGCGACGAUGAGUCGGCCAAGUUCUCCGAGACAUCAGCAACACAAUAAUUUUUCCCGGCGAGGACAAGGUAGUUGGGGACGGGAAUCCAUGUUUUAUUAGUUUUGACACAUACUAUGUGCAAAACGGUUUCCGGCAGUAAAAUCCACGAGUUUAUGGAUGUAGCAGGCUCUCAAAUUCCUAAGAGGCAAUGUAAGUAUGCAAUAUGUGCAUCAAAGUUGUUUAUCGCGCCCUGUAAUCAGUAAAAUACUGUUUAAGAUACGAGUAGUAACAUUUAUUGUUGUUCAUUUAGAUACUGCCUGAAGACGACUCACAGGAAGUGGCCCGCUGGUACGACUUCUCACACCCAAUCCACCUGCGACCCAGUCAUGAAACACCCCUCCAUCUAAUCUACCAGUACUACGAGGCUACCUGA